AAAGUAAUCAAUUUUUCACAAUCUUGAUAAAAAUCAAACAAAAUCGGGCGAAUUAUAUGAAAACUCUAGGCGGUAUAAAAUAGCGAAUCAGAGUGUUCGUUCUAUUGAGGUUCCCAAAAAAGGUCAAGUCCCGUAUGCUCCACGUCAUUUUGGCUCGUUGAGCAAUCAAGAUGGCGGAUCGUGCUAUGCUGGACGAAGCGAGGAAUGAUGUACGCGAAACAGACCUAAAUGGCGACCUCAUGGCUGGUGCAAUAGGUACUAGUGCUACUACAACUAUUGAUUUUGAUGAGGAUGACCCUCAAAAUUUUCCUCACAUGGAAGAAAUGUUAAAAGUUGCCACCGAUUUGCAAGGCGGUUCGAGCAUUGACGAGAGUUCUACCGGCGGUACCGGUCAUUCCCCAAGACUAGAAUUUGAAGAAACAGGUCAAAGCCAGCCCACCUGGUCGAAUCAACAGCAGGCUUACAUCUCUGAAAACUCCUCUUCCCAGCACUAUGGCGGGGGGUCCCAAGCACUUGUCCAGCCACCCCAAGGACAAAAACUGGAGACUAUUAAAAAAUGGAGCAUCUCAACUUACAAAUGCACCCGGCAGUAUCUAUCAGAGAGAUUUGGGAAAGGGACUAAAACUGUGGACACAGAGCUCGAAGCUCAAAUUCUGUUGUUGAGAGAGACACAGGCAAAAUAUGCCCUGAUGUUGCGCCAAUCCCGUCAGCUGAUGCUUCAGUUCCAGGCCAUGUUACAGACUCAAAAGAGUCUAGGUGACACAUUCUCUGAUUUAGGAAUGAAGUCACCAGAACUACAAGAUGAGUUUAACUAUAAUGCUGAAACUCAAAAAUCUUUAAUCAAGAAUGGAGAGGUCCUUCUUGGAGCCCUUAGUUUCUUUAACACAAAUCUAGAGACUUUAGUACAUAAGACCAUGGAAGAUUCUGUUACCACAGUAAAGGCAUAUGAGUCUGCUAGAAUAGAGUAUGACGCCUAUCGAUCUGACCUGGAAGCUGCUCAGGCUGGCCCUAGAACACCUGCUACGGCUGCCAGAGCAGAAGAGACGAGGGAGCAGUUUGAAAAACAGAAGGCCAAGUUUGACCGAUUGCGGAAUGAUCUCACUAUAAAGUUGCGAUUCUUAGACGAAAAUAAGGUAAAAGUGAUGCACAAACAACUUCUUCUCUUUAAUAACGCCAUCACUGCCUACUUCACGGGUAACAAGCAAGCACUGGAAACAUGCAUCAAGGAAUUCCACAUUAAGAUGCAACAUAAAGAGGCGCAGCAUACUUCAUUCUUAGAGCAUUAGCUGUUGUCAUAGUAAUGUCAGACUGGACUUGGGAAUAGAAUUAUAGAAUAAGAAAAAUUGGAAAGGGAUAGCAGAAACAUUAUUUGAGUUAGAGCCAUAGAUUACAGCUUUGGGAUUAUUUUGUAAUUAUUAUACAAUCCCAAAAAGCUUGUUGAAUGUUUUUAUGCCCCAAUAACUCAAGAUUAGGGUUCUGGUAGUGAAUAAGAUGCAUAUAUUUUGUUUUUCUUAAAUUACUUUCUACACUAGAGGUGAUAGGUACUGUAUUUAAGGUUUUGAUUGUCAUACCCAAAUGACUUUUAACUCUCAAAUGUGGCUUGAAUCAUUUAGUAUCUCCACAGGAUAUUCAUUUGUGAUUAUAUAGAGGCCAUUCUCUAUACUCUUGUUCUUGAAAUACACUGCAAAAAGAUCUGGAAAUAAAUUAGACAUCAGUUUUAAAAUGCUGGUGCAAACUACAGAUCAAAACUCUAUCAUUGAGCAUUCAUUGUUUUAAUCCUGCUACAAUGGUGUAAAAUAGAAUAAUCUAUAAAAUCUUAUACAAGUGUUUUUAUUCAAAAUACUUUAUCUGGGCUUAAAAGACAGCUAUAAGUUGUAAAAUGUUUAUUAUGAUAUGUCAUUCUUGGAUAUAAUGAAUGCUGUAUUAUAUACACUGUGCUAUUACAGUCUGCAAUUUGAUAAAGUUCUUUACUUCCAUGGUGA